UAACUUGCACAGUGUUCUCUGUUUGUUUGUUUCUCUGCUUUUUGUCGUCACCUCUUCAGUGGUGAGAUAUGGGUGAACAGUGGGCGGGAUUUUAGAGAGGAUGCAGACAAGUGUUUUCAGUGUGGAAACAUGAAGCUUCUAGUAAGCUGCCUGCUUCUGGCCUCCCACUGUGCCCCUGCGUCAUGGGAUUCCACCAUUCACGUGACCCAGAGUGCUGACAUAUGCGUCACGGAGGGCAAGGAGGUCAACAUCAGCUGCUGCUGGACAGGAAACUUCUUCAGAGUUACAGUCAAGUGGUUGAAGAACACGACUACUGUUAAGGUCUCCAAUCCCGUCACAAAGGAUGCCAAGAUGUGCGACAGCCUGACGUUUCCAAACAUCACAUUGGAGAAGUCUGGUGAAUAUGUCUGCCAGGUCAAUGCGGAAAUACCUGUGCUUGCUAAGGGGAGUGGGAACGGUACGGUUGUUACGGUAACACUCCAAGGGUCAAAGAGCAAUGUAAAACAAGGUAAUCCCUGGUUGAUUUCUUUGGCUUCUGUGGCUUUAUUACUCCUCAUCGUGCUUGUUGUCCUCUGCAAACUGAGGCGAAGGCAAGCCACCAGGGUGAUCUACGAGGAACCCCAUUUGGACUCAUACACUCCCGACAUGGACAAACGCAACAGCGGCUCGUCCAGCAGCUCAUCCCAAUGGUGUCAGGUGGACGUGUACGAAUCCAUUGAAUACUUUGAGCACAUGGAGAUGAAGCAAAGUGGGUGAGCAUAAGCUCAGAAGACAAUGAUCAUUUGUUUGGUUAACCUUUAAUGUAUGUAUGAUAUAAUCUUACAGAAAUGUUGCGUCAUAAAGUGUAGAUAUCAUUUCAUGACUUAUUCUGUCUCACUGUGUGGAAACUGCGUUAAAACCGCUGAGUGACAGGUCAUUGACAGGAAGUGGAAACUUCAUCUGCGUUUCUCUUUAGUGUGGUUUUAAGUACAGAGAGUCCACCAGCACUGAUGGAAAGAGUCGUAUGACGCCUUAUUAUUAUGGUAAAGAAAGUUGCAGCUUUAGUGCAAAUAAAAUAUGAAAAGCCUGUUGUGCUUUAUUAUGUACGUGCCGAACCUGUUGUUAGUCAUGCAAUAUUUGCACAAAUGCGACACAAAGCAGUCAAAAAAGAAAAACCACU